ACACACAUAGUGCACCGAUGCCAAUCCGUGGCCCGUGUCAUUAAUAUACAUGAGUCAUGACUUGAUAUCUCUAAAAUUUUUAGGUUAUAAAAAUAUUGUUACUUUAUUCACUAUUGUAAUAUUGCAGCUUUCAUGAUUAUUCGUUUUGUCGCUACUGGCAAAUCAUGAAUCUUGUCAUGAACAUUAAUAGAUUUUGAUGUUUUUUUUUUAAAAAAACGCUUUGCCUUUUAUUAUUAUUUUUUAUUUAAUAUAGUGAUUGACCGACCUCAUUGUGAAAAAUCUUGAAUUUCAAACAUCCAGAAUGGACUACAUGACAACUGUAAAGGAGAUCCUAGAAAAUUAUGAUGCUCGCAUUCCAAGCAAUACUGAUCGGGUGUAUAAAGAUGAAUGUCUUUACUCGUUUGAUUCUCCAGUAAGCACAAUACUAUUUGUUUUUAAAUAAUUAAAUUAGACAGCAUUAGUGUAAUUAAUCGUGUUUACAUCGAAAGUGAACUACAUCAUACCUAUAACUGAUUUAAACAUGGUUUAUGUAAUAAUUUUGCAGGAAAUCGUACUAUUUAAUGUUUAUAUUGCCGUGAUACCUUAGACUUGUCAAGUUUAUAAAAGAACAGUUUAAUAUUUUGUAGUUCUAUAUUAUUUAGGUGUCAUUGAGAAAUUUAUGAGUAUAAAAUGAAAAUACAAAGGACUAUAAUCUCUGAUUUUUAUUAAUUCUGCAUACUUGUUUUGUAUAUCAUAAUGUUUAUUAUUCACUUGUUAUUCAAAAAUAAAUUGAAGUAUUGAAUCUUUUUUUUUUUUUAAUAGUCAUGCAUUAUUAUAUAAUUGUUUUUUUGUUUGGUCGUUGAGUAGUUAGCUUGUCUUUGAAAUUAGAUUGAUAUAUUGUUUAUUGUGUAUUAUAUUAAUAUAUGCCAAUAUGUAUUGCCAAAAGUGCAUUUAUAGGUUGGAAGUCUGGGCCCUUCAAUCCAUUUUUUAAAAAUCAGCUAAUAUUAUAUACAUGAUAGGUAUUAUAUUGUAACAAAAUAUAAAUUUGUUGAGAAUAACUCCUAACCAAUUCAUGUUUAUGAAUUAAAAUCUAAUGAUUCAAAAAAACGCACCUAGUAGGGAAUCACACACUAUAAACUUGUUAUUAGACUUAUCUAUUCAUAUGAGUAUUAAUAACAUUUAACAUAUAAUGUUCUUAUUAUAGUGAAUAUUACUUCAUUACCUACUGGUUUAUCUAAUAAUCUGUAUCAUAUUUAUAAUUUUUCUUUGGUAACAAAUAGUUUUAUGCAUUUUUAACCUUCAUAAAAGACUACAACAUAUAAUAAUAAUAAUAAUGAGUGUAAUUACUAAAUAAGUACACAUUAUUGAAUAUUAGCUGUCACACACAGCUUUGCCAAUCCACUGGUAUUGAAUAAAUCAAUAAUAAUAAAAAAUAUUAUGUUUUACACUGUUACCUUAGUCGAGAGGUAGUCGCUAGUCUCCCUGUUUUUAUUUUUAUUUCAUACAUUAUAGUGGUUAAUAGAGGUAUAAAACCAUAGAUAUAGGUAAUGCAUUAAUGUACUUUUUAUUAUUAUGUGACAUCAAGGCAAUUUAUAAAUAACGUGUUCAUGUGUUCCAUUUAUAAAGCCAUUUGUUUCACUGUCUCUAAAAACACAAAAAUGUUCCAUUUUUAAAAAAAGACUACUGUGGGCAAUGCAUUCUGUUAAAAAAGUGUGUGUAAUUAGUCACCGACAAAAAAAAAAAAUCUGUCUGCUUCAAGAAAUACAGAAAAUAAGCAAAUUAGACUACUAUGUUCAUUUUCAAAUUUUUUUUAUAAAUUAAUAUAAUACAUUAUUUGAUAUUUUACUAUUAUUUUAUACUGUGUUUUAUUUAUAGUAGGUAUGUUUACUUUUCACCAUUUUCGUUUUACAUGAAAAUAAUACAAAAAUUGCUGAACCCUUGCAUAGAUGCUCUGUUUCGAGGAAAAAAAAUAAUAGGUUCAUUAUCCUUAAAUCAACAAAACAAUUUGAUUUUUGCUCUAAAAAUACUGUCUCAAUCAUGUUUUAGGGAUUGGAUUUUGAAAAUCUGGCUUUGCAAUGCAAACACGACAUAAACGUGUCCUGUUCAUCAGCUUCUGUUUGUACAUUUUCCGAUUUAGGUUUGAGAUUUAUUUGAUUGCGAAUUGCACACAAACAUUUCCUUUUAUUCAUAUAGAAGAAAAUACAUACAUAUUGUAUAUACAUAACCAAUUUACAAAAUACAAUAUAUUAAUGUUUUAUUUCUAGUUUUAAAUAUUUAAGAUCUUAACCUUCUAUCUGUCGUGCAGAGUAAAUAAUCUUCCAGCUUAAAUAUAGACAUUCAAAAAACUUUCCUACAAUAAUGUAACUACCUAAUAUUUCAUAUAGCUGUUGGUAACAUGUUUAUCUAAAUUUAUGAGUCAUUAAAAAAAAAAAAAAAUUGUUUUUCUGUAUAAUACCUGUAUUUAUAUAUUAAGUACCUAAAAUAAAUUAAAUAAUUACACACAAAAACACAAAUUUGUAUUAAAAAUAGCUAAAUGUACUAAAGUUAAUAUAAUAUUAAUAAAUUAUAAAAUAAUACCCCACGCUGACCAAGUAUGAAAAAUAAACCGCGCGACCGUUAGAAGGUUAAAAUUAAUUACACUUAAUAUUUUACAGGAUUGUGAGAAUGGUCUUUUUAUUUGUCUGAAGACAUUUUAUGGACUUGGGUUGGAUUUUGUUGACCGUUAUUAUAGAAAAACUGGAAACUCGGUGUUUUUGCACAUGCUUCGUACCAAAAUAAAGGUACUUACAUUAUCAUUUAAAUAUCAUGUAUCUGUACCAAUUUUACACUGACUCUUAUUAUAAUUUGAUAUGUUAUAAAAAAAAAAAUAAUGAAAACCUAAGUUAAAUAUAAUAACUACAAUUUAUAUACAUCUAUCAUACCUGCAAGGCUAAGAUGAACCUUUAUUUUUUACAGUGACAUAUCCUCACAAUUAUUAUUUAAAUCAAUACUCUUGGUCCUUGUAUACAUUUACAAAUUUAAAUAUACCUUCCAAAAACAGUAAUAAUUAAUAUUUAUUAGCUUGUUAACAUAAUCAACCUGAUAAUAUGUUUGAUGUUUUAUUUUUUUUUAUUAAAAAUUAUACAAUUCAAUUUUUAUAGUUCCAAAACAUUUGUCAAUAUUAAUUAUAAAUCAAUUAAGAUUAUUGUAUAUUGAUAAUUUAUUAUUUUUAUGCUGAAAUUUAAACAUCAACUUAAAACAUUUUAAUUUGAUUAAUGAGAUAGUAUAGUAUGUCAUGUAUGUAUUGUUAGGUUGAAACCAAAAUGACACAGGUAGGAGAAGCGCCAACUCAACGGAAGAUUACUAGACUCGCUAUUGGAGUUGAAGGUGGAUUUGACCCGGAUGCAGAGAACAAACAGUACAAAACUGUAGAAAAAUAUUCAAUUGUCAUUUUACCUUCAUUCGAAAGAAUUCCAUUUGAAACGAGUGAAUUACCGCAAAAAGUAAUUUUUUAAUUAUAAUUAGUUUAAUUAAUAUGUAUAAUUUUUAUUCAAACAAAUUGUAUCUAUUUAAGGUGAUUGAUUCUGUAAAAGGUAUUAUAGAAGCUAAAUCUGUUAACUAUUUGGAUGAGUUGGAGAGUAUGUCAAAUACUUGGGAUGGUGAAGUUAGAAUAAAAACUAAGUAUGUAUAAUUUAUUUGAUGUGCAGAAUGUUCAUAUAUUGUAUAAUUAUAAAUGUUUACAUGAUUAUUUUUAAAUAAUUUAAAGACAUGAUACUAAUUUUUUAUGCCAAAAUCAUUACAUAAUAAAAUGUUUAAGUAAAUUUUUUUAUGUAUAGGUAUUUUAACUAUCUAUAUUAUUUCAUUUUUGAUCUUGUGGUAUUCAACAGGUAUGCUGAUAUAGAACAGUUGAAUAAUGGAAAAAAAAUUGCUCCUUGCGGUUGGAAAUGUGAAUUUGAAAAUUGCGACAAAGAUAAUAACUUGUGGCUUAAUUUAACUGAUGGUUCAAUUUAUUGUGGUCGUAAAUUUUUUGAUGGAUCUGGUGGAAAUGGCCAUGCUAUUAUCCAUUAUAACAACACUAGUAGGGUUUAAAUUGUAUUAAAUUAAUAAACUAAUUAUUCUUAAUUAAAAAAAAAAUGUGUUAUUCUAGAAUAUCCUUUGGCUGUUAAACUUGGUACAAUUACUAAAGAUGGCAAAGGUGAUGUGUAUAGUUAUCCCGAAGAUGAUAUGGUUGAAAAUCCUAACUUAAUAAAACAUUUAUCACAUUUUGGAAUUAAUAUUUCUACUCUAGAAAAAGUAUUAAAUGAUAUUAUUUAAACAUUCAUGUAGUUAUAUUUCAUGAAAAUAAUAUAAUAUUUGGUUUUAGACUGAAAAAUCAAUGAUUGAAUUAGAAUUGGAUUUGAACAAAAAGGUUGGUGAUUGGGCAACAAUGCAAGAAAUUGGAAGUGAAUUAAAGCCAGUAUUUGGUCCUGGUUAUACAGGAAUUCACAACUUGGGAAAUUCUUGUUACAUGAAUAGUGUAUUGCAAGUUUUAUUUUCAAUUCCAGAUUUUACUCAAAAGUAAAACAAUUAUUAUUUUGUUAACUUGUACAAAUAUUAAAAUUUUUAUAUGUAUAUUUGGAUCUAUUAUUAUUAUUACUUUUAUUUAUUUAGAUAUUAUGAAAGAAAUAUACUUCAAUCCUGUCCAGAUGAUCCAAAUAAGAACUUUGAUGUACAAAUGUGAGUUUAUGACUAUAACUCAAUUAUAGUAUACUAUUUUAAUUUUAUGUGGAAUUUAUAUGUAUAUUUUUAGGGCAAAAAUAGCGCAUGGUCUUUGUUCUGGUAAAUAUUCAAUCCCACCUACAGAAGUAAUUGAAGGGAAAAAAAAGUAUUGGCAUCAUGGUAUUAGACCAAAUUCUUUAAAAAUGUUAAUUGGUCAAAGUAACCCCGAGUUUGCUUCGAAGAACCAACAAGAUGCACAAGAGUUUUUCUUGUAUUUAUUAUCAUUAGUUGAGGUAUUUACAAUAUGUUAUUAUUAAAACAACAAUUUUGCUUUACAUAACACCUUUCUUUAUAUAAUAAAAUAAAUUGUUUAGCGUCAUUCUCAAUCAUCUGAAAAUCCUGCAGAUUGUUUCAAAUUUAAAAUUGAAGAGCGUUAUCAAUGUUUAACAACAGGACAGGUUAAAUAUACUACUCGCCCGGAAUAUUGUUUACCAUUGUCCAUUCCUCUUGAAGAUGUCAUCAACAAGGAAGAAGUUGCUGCUUGGCAGCAAAGAAAAGAAGAAACCAACAAUUCAGAGUAAUUAAUUAUUACAGUAAUAUUUUGUUGUAAAAACAAUUUGAAUGCGUACCUAUAUAAAACAAAAUUCUGUAAAAAGAAAUUUUUUUGUAGUCCCUUAGAGUUCUGUUUCUGACAUUUUCACUCAAAUUUUAAUGUCUUAAACUGGUUAGCUUAAUACAUAGUCAAAUACAUACAUCUACUAAAGCAGCUCACCUUUUUCUGUUGCAUACUGAAGAUGCAAAUCAUAAACUAUGCGCGCUUUGAUACUUGUAUAUAAAAUAUAAGUAGUUAAUUAAAAAGUGUAUGCUAAAAUAAAAAUAAUUUUUUUUUUUUUUGCAAUCAAUUUACUUAAUUAUUUAAUCUUUAUUAUUAUUAUUUUUCAGAGUUAUUGAGGUAGUCCGACCUCGUAUUUCAAUAUUAUCUUGUUUAAGCGCUUUUGAACAACCUGAAAUUAUUGAGCAAUUCUUCAAUUCGGAACUACUCCAAAGAACUACCGCACAAAAGUAUGUAAUGUUAUGGAAUUAUUAUUUUACUAGGGUUGUUUUUUUUAAAUUUUAAAUUAUAAUAAUUUGCUUUAAAUUUUAAACUAAUAUUAUUGUAGGACUACACGGAUUGCUACUUUUCCUGAUUUUCUUGUGGUACAUUUAAAAAAAUUUACACUUCGUGAAGAUUGGGUUCCUAUUAAGUUAGAUGUAGCUGUUGAAAUGCCACAAACGUUGGACAUUACAUAUUUAAGGGCAAAUGGCCCACAAGACGAUGAAAAUCUUUUACCUGAUUCAGCAGGUGUGUUUUAACAAUUAAUUUUAUUAACUUACUUAUAAUUUAUAUAUAAUAUUUGUGCUUAUUUAGAUGCUCCUAUUCCUCCUCCAUUUGAGUUUAAUGAAAAUUUAAUGUCUGAAUUAACUCAAAUGGGAUUUCCUCCAGAAGCAUGCAAACGUGCAUUAUUUUUCACCAAAAACCAAGGUUUGAAUGAUGCUUCAAAUUGGCUUAUGGAACAUAUUUCAGACUCUGAUUUCUCAGAACCUUUUGUACCACCAGGGGCAGAAUCUAAUUCUGGUGUGAAAUUAAAUUUUUUCUUCAAUUAUUUUUUAAAAGUAUAACAAUUAUUUACAAGUUUUUGUUUUAUUUAGACUUUUUAUUUGAUAAAGAAGCUGCAGCUUUGAUAAUGUCAAUGGGUUUUGAAUCAAGUCAUGUAAUUGCUGCUUUAAAAGCUACUGACAAUAAUGUGGAACGUGCAAUUGACUGGGUCAUGAGUCAUGGGCCAGAACCAGAAGUCAACAGUUGUUUGGACAUUGCCAAUGAGAGAGAUGGAAAAGGAAGUAGGAAUUUGUUAAUCUUUUUAAAUUUUGUUCAUAUAAAUUAAAGUUAAUUUUGGUUUUUAUUUAUGUAUUUUAAAAGAUCUGAUAGCUCAGUCAACAGAGCAUAUAGAUCAAUUAAUUUAGCUUGACCUGGUUUUAAUUACCGGCUCAGGUGUAAAUUUCUUUUGACUAACAUUUCAUACGAAGAAAAAAAAAGGCCAUUGAUAUAAUUUUUUUUUACAGGAUACGAAUUAGUAGCAUUUAUAUCUCAUAUGGGCACCUCUUCGAUGGUUGGACAUUAUGUGUGUCAUAUAAAAAAGAAAGGAUGUUGGGUGAUAUACAACGAUGAAAAAGUAGCGGUCUCUAAAAAUCCUCCUUUUGAUUUAGGUUAUUUAUAUAUUUAUAAAAGAAAAGAAUUUUAAGAAUAACUUGAUGUUGUUAUACACAAUUUAUUUUAUCAUAAAUACAAAUUUCUUUUUUUAAUCUCGUGAAGUUUUUUUUUAAUUAGUAUUAGUUUUUAUUAUUUUUAAUAUAAUGAUUCAUUCUUUAUAGAAAGUAUUAUUUUAUAUUUAUUUUUAAGUGAAAAUCAAAUUAAGAC